AAAAAUAGGAAAAGGGUUGCUUUUGAAUAUCUAUUUGCAUGAAGAGAUUUGGAUAAAGUUUGAGUCUUUCUGUUAAGACAAUUCAGUAUUGGUAUUGACCUUCGAACCUCUGAGUUUUUCUGCAAUGGCCUUAAUCUGUUUUUUGAAAAUUCUGAUCUUUUCUUUGUUUGUUUUGAGUUAUAGAAGGUGAAAGGAAGUGGAAUAGAAUAUUUAUCUGGGGUAGCUGGAUAAGGCUUAAGGGGCUUCUGUGAGUUCAGGGGGCAAAGCAAAUUUUGGUGGAUUAUGAUUCAUGGUUACAUUGAAUAAAGCUUGAAACUUGGUAGAAGAAGUUCAAAUUUUUGGUAUAAUUUAAGCACUGUGUUUCGUACCAAUAUUUUUUCGCCAUUUGGUAUUUACAUCUUGAUUUCGUUUGUUUUCUUUAUUGAUGAGAAUAGUCCUGGAUGAUGAAAUUCUUGUAUGUUGUGAGUCCUUUUUUUUGGACUUGGUAUUGGGGGUGUUGGGGGAAAGGGGAGGAAGAAGAAUUGGGUAUGUUUCGCAAUUUAAAUUGUGCGAGAACACUCUUGUCUUGUGUAUUUGAGAUCAAAGCUAUGGGGUUUUGAUUCUUAUCAGUUCACCUUAUGAUUUCCAGGUGAAUCUUGUUAGAGUUUGAUGUGCUUAAUGAAGUAUUCCUUCUUGUGAGUUCUGAAUUGUACCAUAAUUUGCAUCUGUGGGGUAGAGAUGGCGAAAUCUCUCAAUUCUUGCCCAUCUCUACUGAGAUGGGUGAAUCCUUCUAGUAUUUAGUGCCACUUUCUAGAUGCAGUGUUUUGCCAAAUGGAUGUUCCAGCUGCAAGUUGGAGGACCCCUUAUCAUGCUAGCGUCCAAGCUUUGACGAUGAAUUCUGAGCACCUUAAUUUGUACCUUUCUUGGUGGUCCUUAUAUGCCUCAAAAUGGACCUUAACAAUUUUCUUUCUGGGGUUUUCAGUUUUCAUUUUCGACAUAUGGUGCCUUUCAGUUCACCAUCCCUUUUUCCCCCAAUAUGAAGUAUUAUCUUUUGUUCUUCUUCCUUUUUUUUUCCAACAAGGACCAUAGAAAUCGUUCUCUUUUUGAUUUUUUUCAAGGGUUUGUUUUAUUAUUUGACCAGAUCUUUUAGAUCUUUGAAGAAUAUAUCUUUCAGAGAGUCUUGAUUUUCUCUUGGGUACAAUGAAUACCUGAAUCUCACCAUUGAAUCUUGUGUUAAUCAAUCACAUCCUAUAUCUGAGUAUUGAGUUUCUCUUGUACCACAAGUGGAUGUGUUUUUUUUGCUUACACUCCUUUAGUUUGGAUAGUCUUCUGGACUAAAUGGUGCAAAGAAGAUGAUAUGAAGCAGUUGAUUGAGUUGUGGCUCUUGCAACAUCUUCUAGAAAUAUGUUUAUCAAUCUCCACAAUCAAUGUUCAGGACUUCAUUCUGUGGGUGAUAUUAACUGUUUUAUUCUUGAGGUAGUAGUAUCAAAAUUUUACUUGACAAGAAAAGCAAAUAGUAAUGGAGGAGUAUUUCCAAGAGCCAGCAGUUGAAAACAACUUCGAUCGAGAUGACAUUUCAUUGACAAAGUGCAAAUCCCAUUCACCGGAUGAGCUGGAAGAUAAUCCUUCGGGGGGUUUGGACUGUAACAUUUGCCUGGGUUGCGCACGAGAUCCUGUCGUCACGUUCUGUGGCCACCUCUAUUGUUGGCCCUGCAUCUACAAAUGGAUCCAUUUUCGGAGCAUGCCUUCUGAAAAUUGCAACCUCCAACAGCCACAAUGUCCUGUCUGCAAGGCUGAACUAUCUGAAGAAAGUGUAAUUCCUCUCUAUGGUAGGGGACUCGCUACAAAGCCUUCCGAAGCAAAAGCAGGACAACUAGGCAUAGUCAUCCCGCAAAGGCCACCAAGCCCAAAAUGUGGAAGUAUGCUGUCAUUACCCACAACGCCGAAUAUCUCACGUGCAGUUCCACAGCUUCACCGACUAAGUUACACACAACCACCACAAUCUUACCCUCAGUUUUCCAGUGGCACAAUGAGUCCGAACACGUAUCAUCCAUUGGUGACGAUGCUUGGUGAAAUGGUUCUUACUAGGAUGUUUCGGAACCCACAGGCCUAUUCAUACCCAAAUUCAUUUCAUCUGUCAGGUGGUAGCACUCCGAGGAUGAGAAGGCAAGUGAUGCAGGCUGACAAAUCUCUCAGCAGAAUAUGUUUUUUCCUCUGCUGUUCUAUGGUUUUAUGUCUGCUGCUGUUUUGAUACAGUUUUCUCCCAAUCCUCCCAAACGUAUACAUGUAAAAAAAGAAAAUCCACCCCUGUUAUACAAACUCAGCCUAUUAAUUUAGCAAUAGCAAAUCACAGAGUGUGUGCCAUCUCCAAAUCUGAAGCUGCUGAUAUAUACUAUUUGAUCUCAGUUUCUAAGUAUGAACAAUUCUAAAUAUUUGGUUGUAUGCUGGAGGGACUAAUAAACAAACUUCACUUCCUAC